AAACCACUGGAGCAAUGAGAGCAGAAUAGCUUUUGUGUCACUCUCUCUUUAGGCUUAGCCAUUCCAUUCCAUGUACAGCAAGCAAACAACGUUAGCCCGGUCCCAACUCCCAAGUGUUUUCGGUUAGCAACCUACCAUGCUUGUCCUCUUGCUCCUCCUCGCCGCCGCCGCCGCCGUCUCUUCGCCGGCGCCGGUGGCCGGCGACGGCGGGGGCGCCUUGCCGGUGCUCAACCCGAUCUCCUCCUUCUGUAACACGACGGCGGCCAGGCGGACGUACCUGCCGAACAGCACGUUCGAGGCCAAUCUCAACGGCCUCUUCGCCGUGCUGUCCAGGAACGCCUCGGCGUCGGGCUACGCGGCGGGGGCGUUCGGCGCGGCGCCGGACACGGCGUACGGCCUCUUGCUCUGCCGCGGCGACUUCACCGGGAACGACUGCUCCGCCGCGCGGCUGGCGUCGUCGUUCCAGCAGGCGGCGAGCAGCUGCUUGUACAGCAAGGACGUCGCCGUCUACUACGACCAGUACCAGCUCCGGUACUCGGACCAGGACUUCCUCGCCGGCGCCGGCGCCGGCGCCGCCAACGAGCCGGAGACGGCCGCGUUCAACAUGAACAACGUCUCCGACGCGGGCGACGUCGCGGCGUUCGACGCGCUGGUGGCGGAGCUGGUGAACGCGGUGGCCGACAGGGCGAGCAACGCGACCAGGAGGUACGCCGCGGGGAAGGCCGGGUUCGCGCCGGAGGCGAUGACCGUGUACGCCAUCGCGCAGUGCACGCCGGACCUGUCGCCGCCGCAGUGCCGGGGCUGCCUCGCCGGUAUCAUCGACCAGAUGCCCAAGUGGUUCAGCGGCCGCGUCGGCGGCAGGAUCCUCGGCGUGCGCUGCGACUUCAGGUACGAGAAGGAUCCAUUCUUCAAGAUCCCCAACGACAUGGUGGUGCUUAGCCCGCUCCCGGAUCCGUCGUCACAAGGGAGCAGCAGCAGCGGUGGCCUGUGGAUCGUGGCGAUCGUCGUCCCCGUCGCCGUGCUCCUCCUCGGCUUCUUGGGAUGUUUCCUCUGGAUCAGGAGGCGAAGAAGGAGAGUGAUCAACAUGGCAGGGACGGUGAGCGUGCCGACCAUGUCCAUGGAGAUGGAGCAGGUGCUCAAGCUGUGGCGGAUCGAGGAGAGCGGCUCCGAGUUCUCGCUCUACGACUUCGACCAGAUCGCCGACGCCACCGACAACUUCUCCGACGCCUGCAAGCUCGGCCAGGGCGGCUUCGGCCCUGUCUACAAGGGUCAAUUGCCUGAUGGGCUUGAGAUAGCGAUCAAGAGGCUCUCAUCCUGUUCAGUGCAGGGGCUGAUGGAAUUCAAGACAGAGAUCCAGCUGAUAGCCAAGCUGCAGCACACCAACCUGGUCAGGCUGCUGGGCUGCUGCGUCCAGGCUGACGAGAAGAUGCUCAUCUACGAGUACAUGCACAACAAGAGCCUCGAUUGCUUCAUCUUUGACACUGAAAAGGGGGCGAUGCUGAACUGGGACAAACGCUUCCGUAUAAUCGAUGGCAUUGCCCAGGGGCUUCUUUACCUGCACAAGCACUCUCGGUUGCGAGUUAUUCACAGGGAUCUGAAAGCAAGCAAUAUACUCCUCGACCGGGAGAUGAACCCCAAAAUCUCGGAUUUUGGAAUGGCAAGGAUAUUCUGCUCGAAUGUGACAGAAGCCAACACGACCAGGGUUGUGGGCACACAUGGUUACAUCGCUCCUGAGUAUGCUUCUGAGGGUCUCUUCUCGAUCAAAUCCGACGUGUUCAGCUUCGGUGUCCUGCUUCUCGAGAUCAUAAGCGGCAAGAGGACCGCCGGAUUCUACCAGUACGGCAAAUUCUUCAAUCUCACAGGAUAUGCGUACCAGCUAUGGCAAGAAGGGCAAUGGCACGAGCUGGUGGACCAGGCGCUGGGGGAGGACUUCCCGGCGAUGGAGGUGAUGAAGUGCGUGCAGGUGGCGCUGCUGUGCGUCCAGGACAGCGCCGACGACCGGCCGAACAUGUCCGACGUGAUCGCCAUGCUCGGCAGCGAGGGGGUGACGAUGCCGGAGCCGAGGCAGCCGGCGUACUUCAACGUCAGGAUCUCCAGCCUGGCCGUGUCGUCCAGCUCCUUCGGCGAGUCGUACUGCAUGAGCAACGUCACGUUGAUGGAGGAGGACGGCAGAUAGCAUUUUGCAGUGCAGGCACGUUUAUAAUCAUGUAGAUUCAGAUUGUAGUAAGCGAUUAAUCACGAUUGGUGAAGUUCUAGCUUGGCAAUUGUGUAUAUGAUUUGUUAUGAUCAGACGGAAACCAAAAGGAACAGAACAUGAUGACAUAGUCGAUGGCAAUUCAACCAACAUGUUAUUCUUCUUUUCU